CUCUGACGAGAGGAAUUUCGAGUGUGCGUUUUGCUCGAAGAAAUUCAAGAGCAAGUCAGAGAUUUUCCCACACUUGAAAAUUCACGUUGAAAAGCCUCGACAAUGUCCGCAUUGCAAGAAAUUGUCUAAGAACUCCAUAUCACUAAGGCAGCAUAUAAAACAGCUUUGCCAAAGUGCACCAAGAUUGCCAGAAUACUUUUGCAAUGUUUGCGGAGAAAUUUUUCUGACUCAAUUUCUUCAUAAGCGACAUUUGACGAUUCAUCAGAGAAAAUUCGAAUGCCAAACUUGCCAUCUUGUUCUCUCGUGCAAACAAACGCUGAACAGACAUAUGAAAAUUCACACCGGUGAAAAACCGCAUGUCUGCGAUAUUUGCGGUAGAGGAUUCGUGCAAAAGACCAAUUUGAAUAGUCACAGAGAGCUUCAUUCGAGUCCUGAUUAUCCGCCGAUGAAGUGUCCCUAUUGCAGCAAGAUGUUUGAGAGGAAACAGAACUUCAAGAAGCACAUCUACAAAACACACAAAGGUCUUCCGGUUCAGCCGAAUGGAUCUUCUCUCACAUGCCGGGUUUGCAAGGAAGUCUUCCUGAAUCUGGAUGAAUUGAUGGUUCACGUGAAGGUUCACAAACUUUCCAAGUCUUUUGAGUGCGGAAUCUGCAAAAGAACCUUUAGUAUUAAGGGAAAUCUGAAGAGACACAUUAAGGAAUUGCAUAAGGAAUCGAACUAUGAAUGAAUUCUAAUUUUCGUGUGAUAUCCAAAGAUGAAAAUAAUGGAAUGCUGCAAUGUCUCUAAUAAUGAAGUUCUUUAGGUUAAAAGAUUU